AUGAGUCAAGGUGUUCAAUAUGAUUCGGAUGAUCGAUAUGUUCUUAUCAAAUUACCAUCCGGAACAAGAACAUUCACUGUUCCUUCAAGUGUUCAACGAAUUCAAGCAGGCAAAACGGGAAAUUCAGCAUUUUUACUAUGCAAGUCAACAAUUCAAUCUGUAUACUUCGAACAGAACUCACAACUCACAGAUUUACAAUCUUUUUGUUUCUCAGAAACUUCGGUUGAAACAGUUGACUUCAGUCACUGCAACAAUCUCAUAAUAUUUACAGAAUCUUUAUUUUCAAACUGUUUAUCUCUUCAAUCCAUAAUAUUUCCUCCAAACUUAGAACAAAUCGGAAAAGAUUGUUUUUCAAGUUCAUCAAUUACCUCUCUUGAUAUUCCAAACAGUGUCACAAUCAUCAAUGAUUUUCAAGACUGCAAAUCAUUAACAUCAAUUUCAAUAACUUCGAAUUCAAAUCUGAAAUCUAUUGGAAUUUUAAAAAAUCUUGCCAUUUCUCAAUUUUAUAUUCCUAAAAGCGUAACUUCGAUCAAAUAUUUCCCAAAAUGCCCAAUAUCUAUAUUUACUGUUCAUCAAGAAAAUCCUAAUUUGAAUACUGAUGGCACUGCAAUCUAUAACAAAACCUUUUCAGUAAUGUAUUGCAUAUCAUCAUAUAUUUCAUUUGAUUACAAUGUAAAUAACAAAGUUAGAAAAAUUACAGAAAAUUGUUUUACAGGAAGUAACAUUAACACUCUUUCCUUUCCACAACAUCCAAUAGAAUUAUCACGUGAAGUUUUCUAUACAAGCAGUAUUAAAAAUCUUGUUUUUAACAAUGAAAUGUAUUUGAAAGAAAUCCCUUUAAACGCAAUCUCUUGGAAUAGUAAAUUGACUAGCGUAACAUUGCCUGAAACAUUGACUGUAAUAGGCAAUUAUUCAUUUUCUCAUUGUACUUCUUGA